UUUUGAACUGAAGUAAUAUUCAGGUUUGAACAGUUAAUAUCAUAAGCUGACUUGGUGAUAGUGACUUCUAAUUAACAAGCAAAUGUAACUGAUUUAGCAUGUAUUCAUUGUCUGGCACUCCUACAACUUAUUGGUUCGAAAUCAUUGUCAUAGAAAAUUUCACAGAGUGUUAUGCAUACACUGACUUUAAGUUAAACGCUUAGGCGGAAGUAUCGCUAUCACACACAGUAUGACAGCAUUGGGCUAAAAGGGAAUGCCGGGUAUAAUCCACCAGAUAAAUAAAAUCAUCUAACGAACUCAACUAUCUCAUCCACUUUCAUAUGUGUAGGCUAAUAAUGCAGCACUGUCUUAUUGAAGGUGUUCAAAAGGGUUGGAUCUGAUGUCAGUAACUUCGUCGCAAAAACUAUAGAAGCAUAUUUUGCGUGAUCCUAUCAUCAGUCUUUUUCAGAAUUCUAUCUUUUUACAGGACUAUGUUGUCUACUUAUUCUAAAUCUGUAAAAGAAUCUCAUUCAAUCAAGGUCAAUUACAAGACGUCUAUGCAUUCGUGAAUAUGAUCAAGUAAUGUAUCGUGGGGAAAAAAUCGACAAACACCCAUCGUGAGCGGACACCCACAGUACGUGCAUAUCCGCUUAAGUAUAUUAUAUCCUCAACAAUCUAUUCAGGUUGAAUGCUUCAGUAGUUAUUAUUAUUAUCAAUAUCGAUGGUUAUAAUUUUAUUUAUUUUAACAUUUGUAUUUUUUAAAUUCCAGAUAUAUAAAGGCUAUGUAGAUGAUCCACGGAAUACUGAUAAUGCGUGGAUGGAGACUGUAGCAGUGAAUUUUCAUGAUGAUCAAGGUGACUCUUUAGCAUUGUUUCCCUUAACUGCGGGCGAUGACGCGGAGGCUGUGUCGUGGACAGAUAUUAGCUCUGAACUACACCUUUAUGCAAGUCAUCGUGAUUUCAUUGAACUAGUCGCCAGUUUACAAAAAGCAAGAUGGUAGAUUUUUGGAUAUGGACUGAAUAUCAUCACCGAGAAACAAAAAAAAAUUGAUUUGUUCCCUGAGACAUGAUUUUAUUCACUCUUUUUCUUUAAAAAUUAUUUUGUAUACUUAGAAUAAUUUACAUUUAGCUGAAGGAUAAUGUACAAUCUUUCAACAUAUUUUUAAGCUCUUUUAAUAGAUAAAUGUAAAAACACACUGGUUUAUAACUGGUCAAUGUCUUGUUUUGUAGAGACAGAUAGACAAACAACCAUUAGAUCUUUACAAAUUUGAAAACCAUUAUAAAAUAUGAAAAAAAGUGAAAGUUAUUUUCAAAGGUAAAACAGGGACUGUGAAGGGACAUAUAAA